UGCAUCUCCGGACCGUGUUGCAUGCAGCGUUGUUGUUCAAUGUUGUCCAGUUUUGACGAGCACCUCUCGAGAUCUUUCAAACGGGGUUUGCUCUUUGCGGAUCAACUAAAACAAUGUACACAGCUAGCCUAGUGCACUGUUGUUUUCCACUGGCAACAGUAACAGUAAGUGUUGCGUUUUGCAAAAAGCAUGAACGAGUAGAGGCCUUGCAUUGAUGGUUGAUAUUCGAACGUGUUCGCGUUAGGAUGGAUGUGGUAUUGCUGAUCGUGACUGCUCUUGUGGUAUGGAUUGUUCAUGGCUUAGUGCGUCUCGCUUCGGUCCAUUACCGGUUGAGGUCGGUGCCCGUUCCGAGUUUUCUGGAGUACCACUGGUUGCUGGGAAACUUGCCCUCCAUCAUGGACCGGCAAAAUGUAUUCUACAACUUGAUCCCGAAGAUCACAGAGAAGGAACACCGAGUGAGAAGGUUUUCAAUGGGCCCAACGCGAUAUCCACUGAUAGCGGUGGGACACCCCGAGACAAUGGCUGUGAUUCUGAAGUCAUCGCAUCCCAAGAAUAUGUUCAUCUACUCUCUCCUUCUACCGUUCAUUGGGAAUGGACUCCUCGUGAGCAGUGGCAAGAAAUGGGCGAGAGACCGUCGACUGCUGACCAACGCAUUUCACUUCAACAUCCUACAGGAGUACACACCGUUGCUGCAUGACUCCUGUCAGGUACUGCUGGAGAAACUUGCACGGCAUGCUGGUGAUGGUGAGACGCAGGACAAGGCGUUUGAUUUCUCGCGCGCAUGCUGUUUGCUGACUCUGGACGUGAUGCUGCGCUGCACAAUGGGCUACGAGUCAAACUGCCAGCGGAAAGAUUCAGAAUAUACCAGCAGGGUACAGGAGAUCACCCAGCUCUUGUUCACACGCGGUACCACUGCCGGCAUGUUUCUACCGGACUUUCUCUACAACAUGACCGCUGACGGGCGUGCGCUCCGUAGACUCUGCAACGCUUGCCACGGAUUCACAAGGAAUAUCAUUCAGAACAGGAGAAAGGAGCUGGUGGAGUCAGGUGCAAUGACCGAAGCCGUAGACAGCAGCGAGAGAACGCUGAACAAUAUUCGCAAGGGACGCACCAGUUUUGUCGACAUCCUCUUGAUGGUGAGAGAUGAGGAUGGUUCUGGACUGACAAACGCUGAGAUCCGCGAUCAAGUCGACACAUUUCUCUUUGAGGGUCAUGACACAACGUCCAGUGGUAUGCAAUGGAUGUUCUACUUCCUCGCCAAGCAUCCGGACAUUCAGGAACGCUGCAGACAAGAAGCCAUGGAGUUCUCGCAGUCAGAUGGGUUUGUAUCACACAGCGACUUGACCCAGCUGACUUACAUCACACAGUGCAUCAAGGAGAGUCUGCGUAUGUGCUGUCCAGUGGUGUUCAUUGAGAGAGCCUUGACUGAAGAUACUGACAUUGAUGGGUACACCAUUCCGAAAGGUGUGGCGGUUAAUAUUGACAUCUUUAGCAUCCACCACAAUCAUACGUUCUAUCCCGACCCAUACGUGUUUGACCCUGAUCGUUUCUCCGAGGAGAAUGUCAAAGUCCGACACCCUCUAGCCUUCAUCCCAUUCUCUGCUGGCCCCCGUAACUGCAUCGGGCAGGUUUUGGCUAUGAACGAGCUGCGUCUAACACUGGCUGGAGUGUUGAUGCGAUUCCAGUUGUCGCUUGAUCCCAGUCUCCCGGAACCACUGUUUGAUGAUGCUAUUGUGAUGCGGGCAAAGAAUGGCAUCAACUUGCUCAUCAAGAGUGUUCGCGUGAGGAUGGAUGUCGUAUUGCUGAUCGUGACUGCUCUUGUGGUAUGGAUUGUUCAUGGCUUAGUGCGUCUCGCUUCGGUCCAUUACCGGUUGAGGUCGGUUCCUGUUUCGAGUUUUCUGGAGUACCACUGGUUGCUGGGAAACAUACCCUGCGUCACGGACCGGCAAAAUGUAUUCUACAACUUGGUCCCGAAGAUCACAGAGAACGAACACCGAGUGAGAAGGUUUUCAGUGGGUCCGACACGCUACCCGCUAAUUGUAGUGAGCCACCCCGAGACUAUCGGCACAGUCCUGAAAUCAUCAUUCCCUAAGAACAUGACCACCUACUCUCUCUUUCUACCGUUCAUUGGGAAUGGACUCCUCGUGAGCAGUGGCAAGAAGUGGGCGAGAGACCGCCGACUGCUGACCAACGCAUUUCACUUCAACAUCCUACAGGAGUACACACCGUUGCUGCAUGACUCCUGUCAGGUACUGCUGGAGAAACUUGCACGGCAUGUUAGUGAUGCUGAGACGCAGAACAAGGCGUUUGAUUUCUCACGCGCAUGCUGCUUGCUGACUCUGGAUGUGAUGCUGCGCUGCACAAUGGGCUACGAGUCGAACUGCCAACUCAAGGAUUCAGCCUACACCAUUGGUGUCAUGGAGAUCACAAAGCUGAUCUUUGCUCGGGCAAUGAGCCUCGCGAUUCUCAUGCCUAACUUCCUUUACAAAAUGACCGUGGAUGGGCGGAAGUUCUUUAGUCUGUGUGACAUGUGCCACGAUUUCUCAUCCACUGUUAUUGAGAAAAGACGACGGGAGCUGGAGGAGUCCGGUGCAAUGGCGGAAGCAACAGAAAGAAGUGAAGACACGCUGAAGAAAAUCCGCAAGGGACACACCAGUUUCGUGGACAUCCUGUUGACUGUACACGAUGAAGAUGGCUCUGGUCUUAGCGAUUCUGAGAUCCGUGAUCAAGUCGACACGUUCCUGUUCGAAGGUCAUGACACAACGUCCAGUGGUAUGCAAUGGAUGUUCUACUUCCUCGCCAAGCAUCCUGACAUUCAGGAACGCUGCAGACAAGAAGCCAUGGAGUUCUCGCAGCCUGAUGGGUUUGUGUCACACUGCGACUUGACCAAGCUGACCUAUAUCACACAGUGCAUCAAGGAGAGUCUACGUAUGUGCUGUCCAGUGGUGUACAUUGAGAGAGCCUUGACUGAAGAUACCGACAUUGACGGGUACACCAUUCCGAAAGGUGUGGCGAUUAAUAUUGACAUAUUUGGCCUCCAUCACAAUCGUACUUUCUAUCCCGACCCGUACGUGUUUGACCCUGAUCGUUUCUCCGAGGAGAAUGUCAAAGACAGACACCCUCUAGCCUUUAUCCCAUUCUCUGCUGGCCCCCGUAACUGCAUCGGGCAGGUUUUGGCUAUGAACGAGUUGCGCCUCACACUGUCUGGAGUGUUGAUGCGAUUCCAGUUGACGGUUGAUCCCAGUCUCCCGGAGCCACUGUUCAAUGAUGCUAUUGUCAUGCGGGCAAAGAAUGGCAUUAACUUGCUCAUCAAGAGUAUCUGAAGAAAUUGAUUCUUGAUCUUUUUCAAUAUUGACCCAGUCAACGCAGUCCCUGUGAUGUCAUGUAUUUCUUGACACAUACAGAUAUCCAAUUUAGAUUUCAUUGCUUGAACGAGGUGAUCCGUAAAUU